CGGUUGUCAAACACAUGACUCGCUAUGCUACUACCGGUUACUACAUAAUCAGUUUGAGUCACUGUUAUGAAAACAGACCGGAGCUUCCAUAAGGAUCGAACUCUGCAGAGGAGCCGCUGCUUUACUGAACAUGUCGGUCUACAGGAACGCAGUUUGGUUAGUGAAAGGCCUCCAGGAGUACACCAAGAGUGGCUAUGAAGCAGCAGCGAAGCAUUUUGUCCCAGCUGACCUGGACGUGAACCUGAGUGGGAGGUCCUUCAUGAUAACAGGAGCCAACAGUGGAAUAGGAAAAGCCACAGCCCAGGAAAUCGCCAACAGAGGAGGAAUCGUUCACAUCGUUUGUCGAAACAAGGACCGAGCAGAGGCAGCCAAAGAUGAGAUUGUUGAACGGAGUAAAAAUCAGAACGUUCACGUCCACGUCGUCGACAUGUCCAUUGCGAGACAAGUGUGGGAGUUUGCCCAGAGCUUCUCACAAACCGACGCUGUGCAUGUGCUGAUCAACAAUGCUGGCUGCAUGGUCAACCAGAGAGAAUUAACUGAGGAGGGUCUGGAGAAGAACUUUGCAACAAAUACACUUGGUACUUACAUCCUCACCACAGCACUGAUACCUGCACUGAAGAAAGUCCAAGAUCCAAGAGUGGUGACCGUGUCGUCCGGCGGGAUGCUCACCCAGAAGCUGAACGUUGACGACCUGCAGUGUGAGAAGGGGACGUUUGAAGGCACCGCGGUCUACGCUCAGAACAAGAGACAGCAGGUGAUUCUGACGGAGAGAUGGGCUUCUCAACACAAAGAGAUCCACUUCUCCUCCAUGCACCCAGGCUGGGCCGACACACCAGCUGUCCAGACGUCCAUGCCAUCCUUCCACGCCAAGAUGCAAUCCAAGCUGAGGACGGAGGCCAUGGGGGCCGACACCGUGGUGUGGCUUGCUGCGGCUGCGGCUGCAGUCAAACAGCCAAGCGGACUCUUCUUCCAGGAUCGGAAAGCGGUGGCGACACACUUGCCUCUGGCGUCCUCCAGGUCGACACCGCAGGAGGAGGAGAAGCUUCUGGCUGCGCUGGAGGAGUUCGCCCUCAAGUUUAAACCUUAGUGUCUCUGCAAAUACACAAAUGUCUUUUAAAACCAAGCACUCCUCUCUAAUUGUAAUUAAUGUUUACAUAUUUGCUCCAUACGGAACAUCAGGGAUGCUUUUCUGUGAAUGUAUAACACUAAAUGGAAAUUUAUAAAAUGAUUUCAUAAAACUA